UAGUUAAAUGUUUUUGUUGAAGAAAAUUAAUUUUCUUCAUUAGUUUGUCUUCGUGAUUAUUUUUGAUUAUCUUUAAUUCAGUUCAAUUCAAUUUGAUUAUUUUUCGUUCUCCGUUUUAAUUGAUUGUUUGGUAACUUUAAUCUUCUUCAACAAUAAUUCAUCUUCUUCUCGAGAUUGGAAUUGUAAAAGAAUCGAGAUGAAAAUCGUGAUCUCUGUUUUGAUUUUCUUUUUUGUUGGAAAUGUUUUUGGUAAAUCAGAUAGAAUUAAACUGAAAGAUGUCCAAGUGUUAACUCUGAGAAAAGGUAAAUAUACUGAAGCUCGAAGAUCACAUCGAGUUCCUCAAUUAGCUUGUGUUGGAGGAUCAGCUCGAUGUUCAUUCAUUCCUGAAACUGUUCAAUGUUACAAUCGUGGUUGGGAUGGAGUAACAGUUAAUUGGGAAUGUAAAGCUGACAUGGAUAAGAAAUAUUCAUUUGGACAAUUGGAGGUCACAUGUGAAGGUUAUGAUCACCCCGAUGAUUCUUAUAUUCUUGCAGGUUCUUGUGGUCUUGAAUUUUCACUCAACAUCGCCAAUGGAGCUUAUCAGGAAAGAGUAUUCAAACCUCCUCCAUAUCCUGGAAAAUCAGCAUCGGAAGCUUCAGAACUUGGGUCACAAUCGAUCUUUUUUAUAGUCAUUGUGUUUGGUGUUCUUAUUUUCAUCAUUUAUCUUUUCCGAAGUCCUCCAAAUGCUCACGAACCUUCAGCACCUCCUCCACCUCCAGGCUUUAGACCAGAUUAUUUCACUGGAAGUGGUUACAACGAUUAUACGAGUGGACCAUCAUGUGGAUCGGGAGGUUCAGCGAGAUCUCAAGAAGAGGGACCAGGAUUUGGAACGGGAUUUUUAACUGGAGGUUUUCUUGGUUAUUUAUUUGGUAGGAAUUCAAGUGGUCCUAAUUACACUCGUGAUUACUCAUCAUCUCAUACGAGUCAUAACUCAGGGUAUUCAAGAACUUCAUCUGAACCAUUCAUACCUCCUGAGACGGGAACAGAAACUAAAACUGGUUAUGCAACAACAAAACGCCGUUAAUUUUUCGAUCAAAAUCUCAAAAUCAUUUACAGCAUUUCUCAAUAACUUUCGCCAAGUUACCAAGAGGUUUAGUCGAGUUACUGAAAAAUGCUGUAUUUCAUUUCAUCUUAAAUCGCCUAAUGAUUAUUAAGUUCGAGAGAAAUCACAUUAAUCAUUUUAAUCCUCCAACAAUUACAAUUGACAACAACAGUUAACUCGUUUGAUACAACAGAAAUUCUGGCUUAUUGCCUCUUAUUUUAUUUUUAAUUGUAUGAUAUUAAUUUUUAAAUGAAUCUCUCACUUAAAAUCAAUUUAAUCUUUGCGAUUUGUAAAAUUACCCAUUAAAAAUAAAUCAUUUAGAUGAGACGA